GUUGAAAAACACCCAUUUUGGAGGUCAUUCCUGUAAAUCACCUCUAUUUUCUGACAAUGAACCCAUAACAAGUGAAGGAACUGGGAGGCAACCAUAACAGGAGAAGAAACAAGAACAGUUUCAGUUUUUUUCUCUGUAAAGUUUUGAAAUGGAAAUAGAGAAGGGUGUCCAGAGAUGGAUAGUUGACAUAUCUAAAUGGAACCCUUCUCCCCUUUACUUCUCUUUUGCUAUGUCCUUUCUUCCCAAACAUGAACACUCCUCCAUUACCAGGUUCUUUAAAAUGGAAGAUCAAAAACGGGCUCUUGUGAGCAGAUUGUUGCAGUAUGCACUAAUACAUCAGGUCUUGGGGAUUCCAUAUAAUGAAAUUUUGAUCAGGCGAACUCCUGAGGGAAAACCAUACCUGGAAUGUGACAAACCGGACUUGGAGUUGCCAAAUUUCAACUUCAAUGCAUCACACCAUGGUGAUUUUGUGGCUGUUGCUUCUGAACCAAUAUGCCUUGUGGGAUUGGAUAUCGUUGCUCAAACCAUUCCUGAGAAAGAAUCAGUGGAAGAAUUCAUUCGGAGCUUCUCAUCAUACUUCUCAAGACUGGAAUGGUUUAACAUAAUCAAUGCUGGCUCUUCUCGACAGAUUUUAAGUGAGUUUUAUAGAUAUUGGAGUUUGAAGGAAGCAUUUGUCAAAGCCAUUGGUGACGGCGUGGGUUACAAAUUGGACACCGUCGAAUUUCAUCACGAAAAUUGGGAAAACAUAGUUGUCAAAGUUGAUGGCAAAGAACUAAAAGAUUGGAGAUUUUGGCUUCUUGAAUUGGGGAAAGAUCACGUGGCAUCAAUUGCUAGGGGUCACCCUAUGUAUGCCACUAGCAGUUACAAGACAACAUUGAAUCAGACACGUUUUAAUGACAAGGAAUAUAAUUUGGGACUUCAUCUUCCGAAUGCAAGCUUCAUUUUUCGGAAGGUAGAAGACCUUUUUCCCUCCUAUGAAACAGGUAGAGUGCCACCACGUUUAUCACAAAAUUGUGCUGUGUUGAAGGAUUAAGAUGAGCUUAAAGAAGCUACCGAUCGACUCAUUAUGUAAAGCUUAGGUUCUUCUACCAUGACAAGUGCCACUUGGGUUUUCUGGUGAUUUUAGACUACAGCUUCAUCUUUUGGGUGAAAAUUUUUAAGGGUGUGCUUGGUAAGAAGGAAGUUAUUUUCACGAAAAUAUUUUCCGGUGUUUGGUUGGAGAAUGGAAAACAUUUUCCCGAACAAAAAACAUUUAUUAAAGAUUGAUAAUACUAUUAGCAACUGGAUAGCGUUCUCAUGAAAUUUAUGAGUUAUUAAUAUUGAUAAUGAUGUCCAUCUUCCUUUUUACGGGUGAUGUCUUAAGUAUUGGUUGUAACAAUGUUAUGAAGUAGAGUUGCGAUAAUUGUAAAGGAAAAUGACUUCAACAUAAAUGUACAGAAAGACAUUUUCCCCUAAAAUAUUUUCUAGCAACCCAACACCAGAAAAUGACUUAUUUUGUAGAAAAAAUAAUUCAGAAUUUUUCUUUAAUUAUCCUAGACACCCUAAUUUCUUUCCCUGUUUCAUUAUAGUGUAAUGGGAGAUAAUAUCCAUUAGAAGACAAGACCUAGUCGAACUCAAUGCAUGUUGAUGUGUACAUGCAAUAAAGAUUACUUGAUUUCCCAUAUUAGUGAAAAUAGUUCUGCUGACUAUAUUAUCAUGUAUUAGUAGUUGGAGGUUUAGUUAAAAAAAAAUUACUACCAUAAAUUGUUUCUCAUUCGUCUCUAAUGGUGUAUAUAACUCUAAUGUUAAAUUGAAUUAUAAAUGUUCAAUGCA